GCGAAGUAUAUAUAUAUAUUCAAAUUUUCUGUCGUUGGAAGAACAAUCAUACUCAUCAACAAGCCAUUCUAUCCAGCUCAACUGUCUCCAAUAUCCUGCAAUCAUCUAUUCAGUAUGAAGGUCUCCCAAAUUCUCGCCAUUGUGGCAUUUGUCACCAGUGUUGCCGCUGCUCCAGUUUCAGUUGAAGCAAGAGAUUCCUUGCAAGCUCGCGAGCCAACCAAGCUCAAGGUUGAUCGCAACGCCGAGCCAGAACCCACUAAGCUUAAGGUUGACCGUCGCACCAAGCUCAAGGUUGAUAGAAACGCCGAAGCCGAGCCAACAAAGCUUAAGGUUGACCGUCGCACCAAGCUCAAGGUCGAUCGCAACGCUGAGCCAGAACCUACAAAACUUAAAGUUGACAGAAGCGCUGAAGCCGAGCCAACAAAACUUAAGGUUGACCGUCGCACCAAACUCAAGGUUGAUCGUCGUACAAAGCUCAAGGUCGACAGAAAUGCUGAGCCAGAACCCACCAAGCUUAAGGUCGAUCGCAAUGCUGAGCCAGAACCCACCAAGCUUAAGGUCGAUCGCAAUGCUGAGCCAGAACCCACCAAGCUUAAGGUCGAUCGCAAUGCUGAGCCAGAACCCACCAAGCUUAAGGUCGAUCGCAAUGCUGAGCCAGAGCCCACCAAACUCAAGGUUGACAGAAACGCUGAGGCGGAGCCAACAAAGCUCAAGGUUGACCGCAACGCUGAAGCCGAGCCAACAAAGCUCAAGGUUGACCGUCGCACCAAGCUCAAGGUUGACCGCAAUGCCGAGCCAGAGCCCACCAAACUCAAGGUCGAUCGCAAUGCUGAGCCAGAGCCCACAAAACUCAAGGUGGACUAGGACAGCUCAAAUAACCUAUGCCGAUUGUAGUUCUCAAUGCUAUCUCCUAGCAGAUUCGAAGCUAGCGUCUUUUAGUGACUGCUAACAAGACCCUCAAAUCAAUGACAUGAUUUGGGGAAACUGGUCACCGGUGUGACUGUGUAGGGAUGAUGUGCUGGUGUUGAACUUGGCCGCUCCUUCAUCAGAGUUUUGUCUCCUCAUUAUUUCAUAGCUCAUAGAAAUGAAUCCUGCUGUUUACGUAUUCUCUUGUA